AUCGAACCCGCGUCUCUGGGGCUGCAUUCGCUGUAAGGCAGCAACUCUACCGCUGCGCCACCGUGACGGGCACGUGACCUCGACGUCAUUCAGCAGCUCCACGUCAGUGACAAACAUUGAACCAGGAAGUGGAGAUAAAAUGGCUUCGAAACACCAGGUCGAGAAUUUAACCGAGGAGGUAGUUUGUCCCAUCUGCCUGGAUUUCUUCACCGAUCCGGUGACACUGGAGUGUGGGCACAACUUCUGCCGCUCCUGUAUCACACAGAGUUGGGACAGGGAGGCGAGAAACUCCUGCCCGGAAUGUAGAGAGGAGUUUACAGACCGCACCCUCAGGGUGAAUCGGGCCUUGGUUAGACUGUCUGAGAAAGCUCGAACACUGAGCCUGAAUCUCAUCGCGAAGGAAAGUAAACUUCGCUGCGAGAAACAUCAGAAAGAACUGAAGCUGUUUUGUGAAACGGACAAGAAACUGAUCUGUUUGAAUUGUGCAACUGUGCAGGAACACAAGACUCACAGCUUCAUGCUGAUAGACGAAGCAAUUGAAUUCUACAAGGAACAGGUGAAAUCUUCUUUCGAAUCUCUCACAGAAAAGAAAUCAGUGAUCGCGCAAAUGGAGCAGGAACAGAAAGAGAGCAUUUCUGGAGUUCAGGAACAGGUGAAAUCUUCUUUCGAAUCUCUCACAGGAAAGAAAUCAGUGAUCGAGCAAAUGGAGCAGCAACAGAAAGAGAGCAUUUCUGGAGUUCAGGAAGAGUCACACAACCUUCAGUCACAGAUCACAUCCCAGUUUGCUGAACUGCGCCAGAUUCUCAGAGAGAAAGAACAGCGGUUACUCGGAGAUAUCCGGGAAGAAGAGGCGAAGAUUGUAAAAACAAUGGAGAAAAAUCUUCAAGAGAUUCAAGAGAAUUUAAAUUCCAUUCAGGAGGAACUCUCAAAGUUACAGGAACAGAUAGACCACAAGGAUGGCGUGAUAUUUCUAAAGGAGGAAGCUGUUCGCAAGAGGAGGGUUAGUGCUGAAACCAAACCAAUGUUGGUGGUAGAUGGUGCGAUGCCGAUUGAAAAGUUUGAACUCACAUUUUUCCACAACAUGGCAUUGAGAGAAACAUCUGAUAUCAUCAAACGAGUCUCUGUCACCCUGGAUGUGGAAACAGCGCAUCCAGAGCUCGAGGUGUCUGAGGAUCGGAAGAUGGUGAGACGGACCGAGACCCGGAGGAGUCUCCCUGACACCGGGAAGAGGUUUACAUACUGGGAGUGUGUGCUGGGAUCGGAGGGAUUCACAUCGGGGAGACAUUACUGGGAGGUGGAGGUGGCGGGGAGUGAGUGGUGGAGUCUGGGAGUCGCCGCACAGUCUGUGAAUAGGAAAGGAGAGGACGACCUGACCCCGGAGACUGGAGUCUGGAGCAUCGGGCGGCAGGAUGACGUCUUUCAUGCAUUCACCUCCCCUCAAUCCCCUCUCCCCGCCCAUCCCAUCCCCGAGAGGGUGGGAGUUUAUCUCAGUUACAAGUCCGGGACAGUUUCAUUUUACGAUGCGGACACCAAGUCCCAUCUCCACACCUUCACUGGGAAUAAAUUCACAGAGAAACUUUAUCCUUACUUCGAGACUUGGGAUGAAAACCAGUGGCUGAGAAUCUGCUCCGGUUCCCCUCCGGGUGUGUAAAAGGGUCGGGUCCCGGGACCGAUGUCAGGAGCGGGGCUCAGCGGCUGUGGGGCAGAAACCCAGUGGACAACAGGUCGGGUCUGAACAGCUCCAAUUUAAUCCCCAAAUUCCGCUUCGUGAAACCCCAGUGAGCGCGGAAAUCAAACGAGGGGGAAUGUAAAUGUGGGAAGAGUGAAAUAAACAGCAACUGAAAUCAGA